AUGGACCCUCAGCAACGUAUCCUGCUGGAGCUCUCUUACGAAGCUCUCGAGAAUGGUAAUUCUCAAACUCUCGCAACCAAGCCAAUAUUAACGUUCUCAGCGGGCAUGCCCAUAAGCAGCGUCAACAAGACUAGUACAGGGGUCUUUAUCGGCUCGUCGUGUAGAGACUACGCUGAUCUUCUCCGCCGAGACAGUGAGAAGACUGAGCUAUAUCAGCCAAUAGGCAACGCACCGACGAUGCUGGCGAAUCGCAUCUCCUAUUUUUUUGAUCUCAAUGGACCUAGUGUCACCAUUGAUACGGGUAUAGCCCCCUCUCGGUUUCUCUCCUCGGACGGACGCUGUUACACUUACGACGAUCGAGCCAACGGAUUUGGUCGAGGUGAGGGAGCCGCUUGCGUUGUCUUGAAACCGUUCGAAGAUGCCUUGAGGGACGGUGACGUUAUCCGAGCGGUUAUACGCAAUUCAGGCACUAAUCAAGACGGAAAAACACACGGAAUCUCUGUGCCUAACGGAGAUGCCCAGGUAGAGCUGAUGAAGAAGACUUAUGAAGAAGUCGGUCUCCACCCAUCGCACACAGAUUAUAUUGAAGCGCAUGGAACUGGAACGCCGACCGGCGAUCCGAUUGAGGCUUCCUCACUUUCUCAGUACUUAGCCCAAGGUAGGCCUAUGAAGCAGCCUCUUCUGAUCGGAUCUAUAAAGUCGAAUAUCGGACACUUAGAGGGUGCCAGCGGUAUUGCUGCUGUAGUCAAGGUAGUAUUAAUGCUAGAGAAGGGUUUCAUUCUUCCAAACUUCGACUUCCAGAAAGCUAGCUCCCGAAUACCAAUGGAGAGGUGGAACAUAGAGGUCCCUAAAAGCCUUCGACCAUGGCAAAGCGAUGGCAUUCGACGGGCUUCAUUGAAUAAUUUCGGCUUCGGAGGCAGCAAUGCACAUGCGAUACUUGAUGAUGCCACCAGCUUUAUCGCACAACGAGACAACAUCGAGAAAACUUCGAAUGCAAACACUGCAGAAGAAAGUACGUAUCGUUACAUGAAUGGAUGUGCCGAUUGCCGCGUUCCAAGUGAAUCGCUGGUCUUCCUCCUAUCAUCAUCCGACGAAAUUUCCGGGAAAAAGCAAGCACAAAAUCUCGUACAGUAUAUUACUGAUCAUCAAGAUCAUGAUGCGAAUGAACUGAUGAGGGACCUUGCCUACACACUCAGCGAACGUCGUUCGAAGCUGCCUUGGCGGUUUGCUUCGAGAGCACAGUCACCGUCUCAACUAGGCGAAACUCUGUCCGACAAAAACAUCAAAUUUCAUAACAUCCACGACUCCAAGCACCUGGGCUUCAUCUUCACCGGACAGGAUGAACUGGGAAAGGAUGCACAGACUUCUCAGGUUGGAGACGCACACAUAAGCCAGUGCCUUACUACCGCCCUUCAAAUCGCUCUUGUUGAUCUUCUUGCCUCUUGGAAUAUCUAUCCAGCUCGAGUGGCUGGCCAUUCGAGUGGCGAAAUUGCGGCAGCCUACUGUGCCGGGGCCUUAAGCCAGAGAGACGCCAUGUCUGUUGCUUAUCACCGAGGGAUCGUGGCUCUGAAACUUAAAGACUUACGAGAUGGCGCUAUGCUAGCCGUUGGGAUGUCUGAAAAAGACAUUGACCCGUUGGUUGCGUCUCUCGCUACCGGACGCGCGAAAGUUGCUUGUAUCAACAGCGGUUCGAGUGUCACUGUUUCCGGGGAUCGAGACGCGAUCGGUGAGCUGUCAAAGAUACUCGAAGCAAAGGAUGUGUUUCACCGGAGGCUUGCGGUCCAAGUCGCGUAUCACUCGCAUCAUAUGGAGGACGUUGCUGAUGAGUACCGUGCACUCCUUCGAGAUGUCUCGCUCGCCAGCAGCAACAAGGUAGACUUUUACUCAUCUGUGACGGGGGAUCCAGUCCCUUCUUCAAAGCUGGGCCCAGAAUACUGGGUCUCAAAUAUGAUAAAUCCUGUGCAGUUCCAGAGUGCUGCCCGCAAGCUACUGCAAGCAGGCGGCGAUAGAAGUAAUACAGUUGACAUACUCUUGGAAAUCGGUCCUCACUCCGCUCUUCAAGGUCCCAUCAAACAAAUAAUCAACGAGUCUGGAACCACUCGAGCCUCGUAUAUACCGACACUUGUGCGCAAUCAAAACGCAAUCCACACGUGUCAAGCAAUGAUCGCCAUGCUUACUCAAGCUGGAUAUCCUACUAACCUGCAAGCCGUAAACUCUCCUGAACUUUCUACCAGUGGCAAGAUGCUGAGCAACCUACCGAUUUACGCUUGGGAUCAUUCUCGAUCAUAUUGGACAAAGCAUGUUAAGCUAAGCGAGGAAGGUUUAACACAAAGCACAAGGAGUGACACACUAGGGGUCAAAGUUAAGGGAUCAAUACCAUCAGAGCCUCGGUGGCGAAACAUUGUUAGACCCGCCGAGAUCCCCUGGAUAAACGAUCAUGUCGUACAAUCCUCCAUUCUGUAUCCUGCCGCAGGAUUUCUUGCUAUGGCUAUUCAAGCCCGGUACCAGCACGCGCAGCAAACAUCUGAGAGUCUCACAGGAUACAAAUUGCGCGAAAUCUCGAUUGGUCACGCUUUGAUCGUCUCACAGGAGAGUGACGACUUGGAAACCCUAGUCUCGUUGCGACCAUAUCAUGAGAGUCUUCGAGAAUUGUCUAGUAUAUGGCACGAAUUCACUGUCCACUCGUCCACAGACAAUAAAUCCUGGACAGAACAUUGCCGUGGCUUGAUUUCGAUCGAACAGGCUAUCCAAGGAACAGAUGUUGAUGGGGGCCGCAAAAUCGCCGAAGAGAUUAAACAUUUUGGUCGUAUACGGUCAGCAUUCUCAGAUAACUGCAUAACGACAAUCGAUGACCAAGAAAUCUACAAGUCCCUUGAGAGACUAGGAUUGAGCUUCGGACCAACUUUCAAGAACCUCCACGAUGUUCGCGUCGCUGCGCAUCAAUGCUAUGCUGAGGUCACCAUUCCAGAUACAGCUUCUAUCAUGCCUGCCCAGUUUGAGUACCCAUUUAUCAUUCAUCCGGCUACGUUAGAUAGCGCUUUCCAUGCGCUCUUUCCAGUAGAUGCACGACACAGAAACAUUGAACAAGGCACGCCAGUCCCUACGUUCAUUGAGGAGCUCUUCAUCUCUAACAGUGUCGCUAAAACGCCUGGUCACAUCUUCAGUGUUUACGCUGAGAAUGGAGCGAUGGCUGGCAACUUCGAUCGUAAGAUUGGAAAAGGCAACGCAUCUGUGGCUGUGUUCGACAAAGUAGGGCACGAGAACAAGCCAGCGAUUCUAGUGAAGGGCUUGGUAUUUAAGGAUCUUCCGUAUGCCGUUCCUGAAGAGAGUUCAGAUUCGGAGCGUCGGGCGUGCUAUCAGCUAGAAUGGCAUACAGAUCCCAGCCUGCUUUCCCCGAUGCAAACAAGGGAGAUCAGUGCACAUUGUCGGAGACCGUACACCGAAAGCGAUCAUGCUGCUCUUUCCCAACAAGCAGGAUUUUACUAUGCUGAAAACGCUUUAGAGUCUUUAACUGACGAUGAAACAAUGAAGAUGCAGCCACAUCAUCGCAAGCUCUGCCAAACCCUGACCAACUACUGUCGGACCGUUCGUGAAGGGCAAUUGGGCAUGUUCUCCACUGACGGAUGGCUGCAGCUCGAUGCAGUGGGGCGCGCAAAUGUUUGCUCCAGCAUCGGUCAAACCCCAUUUGGAAUUCUUCUUGGACCUGUAGGCGAGAGUCUCACCCAAAUUGUCCGACAACAAACGGAUCCCUUAGCGGUAAUGAUUGAAAAUGAUCGUUUGGAGAGGUACUAUCGGACUUGGGAGCCUAUAAAGCAAUCUUACGAACAAGCUGCGGUCUUCAUUCAGCUUCUAGGCAUGAAAAAUCCACAUCUAAAAAUUCUCGAACUUGGCGCUGGUACAGGGGGAGCAACACUGCCUAUUCUGGAAGCACUCAGUACCCCUGGAGAGGGCUUCCCGCAUCUCGCAAGUUACGACUUCACAGAUCUUUCACCAGCGUUCUUCGAGAAGGCGAAAAAGAAGCUAGAGCGCUGGACAGAGUGGCUGACGUUCAAAAGAAUUGACGCAGAAAAGGACUUGGUUCAGCAAGGAUGCCAGCCGGCUUCGUACGAUUUGGUCAUUGCCGCGAACGUUAUACAUGCGACAAGCCACGUUGAGAGGACGAUGAAAUCCAUCCGAAAAAUAUUGAAACCGGGGGUACCAUACUCCUGA